UUACCUAUACCCCCAUUCAAACUUUUUUUUUUGGUGACUAUGGCCAAAUACGAAAUUGUUGGCGAAUUUCAAAAGAACGUUAAAAGGUUCGCAUUAAGGGGGCGUACAAUAGAAUUCAAAAUCAAAGACGUUCCACCCAAUGAAAACACAGUGUUGUGGAUCAAAACAGCCAUCAACCAAAUAAUCUCUUAUAUAUGCACUGACGUUUCUCCUUCUGAUAUGAUCGGGUUUAAUUUUUGUUCUAAAAAGUUUUCGCGAGGGGGAGGGUACUUACGAUUCCAGCCUGCCGAAUCGGUAUCUUUUGAAGAUAUUUGGGGAUUAAUUUCGAGCAUUUAUCAAUCUAAUUCAGCUGGUUUAAGUACGGAAACCUUCUGUUUGGAGGCUACAAUUAUCCGGGUGCCAUCCGGCAAAGGUAGGAUUAAGGCGGGUAACUACAACAAUUUUGAGGAAGAAUGUUCUGCUCGAAAGGGGAUUAUUUCCAUUAAAAAUACAGAUAACUUAUGUUUACCCAGAGCUCUUGUUGUUGCCAUAGCUAAAGUCACGGGCGAUUCUGGUUAUGAGAACAUAAGAAGAGAUAGAGGUCAUGUUCAGUUAAAUAAGGCGAAACAGUUGAUGCAGGAAGCUGAAGUAUACAUUGAGGCAAACGGUGGCGGAAUACCCGAACUGAACAAAUUCCAAUCUUAUUUUGGUAACAACUUUAAGAUUGUGGUAUAUAAUUUCGGUACUAAAGGGCGCGAAGUCAUAUUUGAAGGCAACUCAGACGCAAAGUUGACAAUCAAUCUAUUAUAUUUUGAAAAUCAUUACAAUGUUAUUACUUCACUAACGUCGGCUUUUGUGUGCCGAUAUUAUUGCGAACCUUGCCAUAUCCCCUAUAACAAUAAAGGGGGUCAUAUUUGUGCCAGUAUUUGCAUAUCUUGUAAACGGUCCCCCGCAUGUGAUCGAGAGCUGAUAAUUAAAUGCGCUGAUUGCCGUAGGAAUUUUGUCUCAAAUUUAUGUUUCAGUAACCAUAAACUUCACUCGGGAAAAGAAGAUAAAUCGGUUUGUGAAAAAUUUUUUAAAUGUCGUACGUGCUACAAAAUAGUUUUAGCCGGGCGAACUCACAGUUGUAAUACAAUUUAUUGCAAUAUAUGUCACCAAAACCGACCAAAUAAUCAUCUUUGUUAUAUGCCCUUGGAUUCCUCUUCACCAAAAUUAACAGAUUUCCUUUUUAUUUUUUACGAUUUAGAAUGCACGCAAAACAAAACUGUAUCUGAUGGAAAAUCUUUGCAUGAACCAAAUUUAUGUGUUUUCAAUCAGAGGUGCGAAGUAUGCAUCGAUUAUCCAAUCGAGAAAGUUGUUUGCAGAAAGUGUGGUGUACGUCAACAGGUAUUAAAUAUGAGCAGCAUAAUUGAGACGUUUUUUCAACAUAUUUUAGAGAUAAGAAAGAAGUUCAAACAUGUAAUAGUUUUGGCACACAAUGGACAGGCUUACGACCAUCAAUUUAUUUUGAAUUAUAUUUUAACCAAAACUCAGUUCAAACCAGAAUUAAUUAUGAGAGGUUCAAAAAUAAUUUCCCUGAGUAUCAAUAAUGUGAAACUGUUAGACUCUUUGAACUAUUUUCCCAUGUCCCUCGCCAAGUUACCAAAAGCGUUCGGUUUAACAGACGAUUUUCGAAAAGGAUUUUUUCCGCAUCACUUUAAUACACCCGAAAAUCAAAAUUAUGUAGGACCGUAUCCCGAUAUGAAGUAUUAUAAUCCAGAUGCUAUGAACACCGACGAAAGAGAUAAAUUUAUUAGUUGGUACACCGAAAAUAAAGACAACAUCUUUGAUAUGCAAAAGGAAAUUGUCUCUUAUUGCAUAUCCGAUGUAAAUAUAUUAACGCUCGCCUGCCUGAAAUUUCGAGAAUUAUUAAUUAAAUCCGGAAAUGUGUGUCCGUAUACAGAGGCAUGUACGAUUGCCA